UCUAAUCCCCACAGACCUGUAGGAGUGGAACAGGAGUCAGAAUAGGAGCUGCUUCAUCUGUGAUCAUUUGGAAUUCCCCGCUUCAGCUCUGGAGAAAAUGGGCCGCAAGGAAGUGGAUGACACCCGUUCCUGGAAGAAACCGACCAACAACAUCCGAAAAACAUUUAUCUUCAUGGAGGCACUAGGAUCAGGUGCUUUUUCAGAAGUUUUCCUAGUGAAGCAAAGGAUCACUGGGAAGCUCUUUGCUCUAAAGUGCAUCAAGAAGUCCCCUGUCAUCCAGGACAGCAGCCUGGAGAAUGAAAUCGCAGUGCUGAAGAAAAUAAAACAUGAAAACAUUGUGACUUUGGAAGACAUUUACGAAAGUGGAACCCACUUUUACCUGGUCAUGCAGCUGGUGUCUGGCGGGGAGCUAUUUGACCGAAUUUUGGAACGAGGAGUCUAUACUGAGAAAGAUGCAAGUGUAGUGAUCCAACAGGUCCUGGCAGCGGUGAAAUAUCUGCAUGAGAAUGGAAUAGUUCACCGAGAUUUAAAGCCUGAAAACCUGCUUUACCUGACUCCGGAAGAAAACUCCAAAAUCAUGAUCACAGACUUCGGCUUGUCUAAAAUGGAGCAGAAUGGCAUCAUGUCCACCGCUUGUGGGACGCCAGGAUAUGUUGCUCCAGAGGUCCUAGCACAAAAGCCAUAUAGCAAAGCUGUCGAUUGCUGGUCUAUAGGAGUCAUUACCUAUAUCUUGCUGUGUGGAUACCCUCCCUUCUACGAAGAGACAGAAUCCAAACUGUUUGAAAAGAUUAAAGAAGGCUACUAUGAGUUUGAAUCUCCAUUUUGGGAUGAUAUCUCGGAGUCUGCCAAGGAUUUCAUCUCUCAUUUACUGGAGAAGGAUCCAAAUGAGAGAUUCACCUGUGAGAGAGCUCUGAGGCAUCCCUGGAUUGAUGGAAAUACAGCCCUUCAUCGGGACAUAUACCCAUCUGUCAGUGCUCAGAUCCAGAAAAACUUUGCAAAGAGCAAAUGGAAGCAAGCCUUCAAUGCUGCAGCUGUUGUGCGCCACAUGAAGAAACUCCACAUGACCUGCCAUGCACAGGCUGACAUGAGCCUCCCUAUCAUACAAGUGUCAGAAGUAUCCAGACUCAGCAGCCCUAUGGGCACCAGCCAAGAGAUACCCAUUCAAGACAAGAAGAUGCUAAUUCCCAUGUUAGCAUGUCAAAUUCCUCCCAGCCAGCUUGACCAAAACACCCAGAUGACACAGAGCAAGUCACUAGAUCACUUGGUUAAUGAGUCCUUGAUCUUGCCGGACAAUCAGAGCCCUCCAACUCUAACUUCUUGCGGUUGCAGUUCAGCCUCCGAGGGGCACGAGAAGGUGAAGACCGUCUUCUGUUCGGAGUCAGCACUACUUAAAAAAGAUGCCAAAAACCAUCACUUCAAAUCAGAGGUUAUCGUACCCAUGAAAACCAGUAACAAUUCAUACCGUGGCACUGGGCAAACUGGUGUUUGUUUGGUCAUGUGAUUUAGCAAGUCAUCCAUUUGAUCCAACACAUCUUUAACGAAGGGCUGAUUUAUUCAUUUCUACACUUCGCAGCCAGACAACAAUAGCACAAACAAGAGGAGAGGAGAUUGAAUCCUGGCAGAAGCAGAUGGAGAGCCAUUUUCUCAGAGGAGAGUGGCCAUUGGGUGGGAGAGCUGCACACUUUUUACUCUUAAGUAAUCCUUCAGAGCAACAACCCUGAAGAGUAUCUGACUCACUAGAACAUGGAGCAGUUACUUGAGAGAAGGGAGGUGUAUGGGCACAAGGCUUCUGCUAGCACCUUCCAUGUAUAUGACACAUACAUCAUUGCACAAGGCUGUAUCUUGAUUCUUAAUAUAUAUUGUGUAGUUGUUCAACAUGUAAUAAAUAUGCUGCAUGGUAUAAUUCUUUUAAAGCAAAGCUAUAUGGUGUUGGUUUAAUCAUAGGCAUCCCAGCAGUUUUACAGUCUAUACCUCUCACUGUUAGGACUUUAACAGGCUCGAGCUCAGAUGUAAGAAGUCCAGUAUCAAUGGCCUGUCUUGGGUGUGCAGUUUUCAUUUUAAGCUGUGCAAAGAGAGAGCCUGCUACCAUCCUUCACGUGGCUGAUGAUAAUCAAAGUGAGUUCCCUGUUUCCAAGUCUGUAAUUGUGUAAUAAACACCAUGCUUAAUAAAGCUGACUUAUUUUGUAAAGUG